AUGUCAUCCUUCGAAAGACCAUCUCCUGAGGACGAUGACUUCUCGUCGGGCGAAGAAGACGGCCCACAGCAGCAAGGCAAGACUGGGAACUCUUCGACUUCGGGUCUGACUGCUGUUGAAGGACAUGGAAAACCUCAAGUGCCCAUGCAGAAACGGCGGAGGGUGACACGUGCAUGUGAUGAAUGUCGAAGGAAGAAGAUCAAAUGUGACGGGAAGCAGCCGUGCACGCACUGCACAGUGUACAGCUACGAAUGUACAUAUGACCAACCAUCUAAUCGCCGGCGAAACCCAGCACCACAGUACAUUGAGGCUCUCGAGCAGAGAUUACAGAAGGCCGAAGCGAUCCUUCAGACAGUGCUACCUGGAAUCGAUCUCGAUGACCCCAAGUACGAUGCUAGAGGCGUCGAUCAGAUCGUCGAGACCAACAGGGCACGACUCAAUGCGCGCCCACCGGCGCAGGAUAAGCAAGACGAUGACGGCGAAAUCCAGCCUAUGGUCGAGCGUAUCGGUACUCUGGACCUUGACGAUCAGGGACAUUGGGACUUUCACGGCCACUCAUCAGGUUUUGCUUUCAUGCGCAAAUUCAGAGCUCAUUUUGGCGAACAAUUUCUGCCGACUCCGAAGCCCCGCUUCAAUCCUAAAGCACGGAACAUGACGCAGUCGCCUCGCUCUGCACAGUCUUCUCCGUACGAAGGUAGUCUACCACUAGCUGCCUUAGAUCUCCCGCCACGAGAAGCCGCCAUCGAGCUUUGUCGAAAUGCACUCGACGAUUGUUGCGCUUUGAUCAAGCCGUUGCAUCGACCCAUGUUCUUUCGCCGCCUACACAUGAUCUACGAAACAGACCCCGACCAGUACAGCAACGAACAGAUGAAGUUCCUGCCACUUCUGUACGCCGUGAUGGCACUAGGCUUCCUAUUCUCCAAGACUGAGAACGAGAACAGCAUGUUGGACAUCAAGGGAUACACAGAAGCGAUUGAGCAAGGUUACCAAUAUCUUGAUGCAUCCAAAUCAAUGCUGGAUAUCACCGACUGCCGCGACCUGAUGACAAUUCAGACUGUCUUCUUUAUGAUCCUCUUCUUGCAGAGUUCCGCGAAACUUGCGACAUGCUAUGCCUAUAUCGGCGUCGCAUUGCGAGCGUGUUGUCGACUUGGGCUGCACCGAAACCUGCCAAACCAGAAAUUCGGUACCAUAGAGCUCGAGGAACGGAAACGAAUGUUCUGGCUGGUGCGGAAAAUGGAUACCUACGUUGGUGGCAUGCUGGGACUACCACAAAUGCUCAGCGAUGAAGACAUUGACCAGGAGUUUCCUGAAGAGGUACAUGACGAAUGCAUCACGGACGAAGGUAUCAAGCCGGUCCCGAAGGGCAGCGCAUUCCCGAUCCUCAAGGCCGCCAACGCCCACACGCGGCUGACCUUCAUUUACCGCAAGGUCGUGCGCUUCAUCUAUCCGAUAAAAGGUGCCAAAAACACUUCGCCAGACGACAGCUAUACCAUCAGCCAUGGUCGGAUACGGGAACUCGAACGUGAUCUGCAAGUAUGGAUGGAUGAGCUACCAGUCGAACUUCGGCCAUCUGAGAGCGCCAACUUGGAGCUUUCACGUGUACAGCAGCUACUUAGGAUGUCCUAUGCGCAUGUCCAGAUGAUGAUGUACCGGCCGUUCAUCCACUAUGUCUCCCAAGUCUCACAACAAGAGAAAACCGAUAAACGCAGUUUUGCUUGCGCUGCCGCCUGCAUUAGUGUUGCAAGGAACAUCGUUCACAUUACCAGCGAAAUGAAGCGAAGAGGACUGCUGGUGGGAGCAUACUGGUUCGUCAUGUACACUACUUACUUUGCAAUUAUCUCGCUUGUGUACUUCGUGCUGGAAAAUCCGAACAGCCCCACAGGAGGCGAUAUAUUGAAGGAUGCCAUCGAGGGGCGGGAUACUCUGGCUAGUCUGGCGAAGCGCAGCAUGGCUGCUGACCGAUGUACCGAGUCACUUGUGAGUCUUUUCAAUGAGUUGCCCGAGAAGCUGAAGGAGAGGCGCGGCACAUCCAAUCCGCCUGCCUCGACGGGCCGCAAGCGUCCAGCGCCUGUCUCUGAAUCAGGCAAUACGCCGUUCAACCGAUCUUCCCCGAAUAUUGCACCAAGCCGAGACGCGACAUCUACACCUGGCCGAUCUCGCACCCUGCCGCAUGACUUUCUGGCCAAGAUCGCGAAGCGCAAUUCGAUGCCUGAUGCACAGCAGCACGAGAUUCCGUCACAGCCUGUUCCCAAUCCUCACCUUAUCAACAUGAACUCACCACUCUCCACAUCUCCCUUAAGCCAGUUCAAUGACUUCACUCCGCAACUAGGCCAUACGCAAAUUCCGGAUCUAAAGAAUGUUAUGUUCCCGUCAGACAACCCAUUCGCUUACCCAAACCAGCCAAUGGCCACCCUGGAAAGCGUCGAUGCACGGUAUGGUUAUCCGGAUCCCUCGAACAGUCUGGAAUCGCCUUUCACGAGCACAUCCAAUGACGUGUCGAUGAUGGGGACGCCCGCGAGCAUCAUGACUUCCAAUCCCGAACAACCUCGAACGGGGCAAUUUCCACACCAACAGCAGUAUGACGUAGCCUCCCUACAGCGAAUUUACGAAGAGAAUCCACAAUUGGCGCACCAGCUCGCGCAACAGCAGCAGCAGCAAAGGCACCAGCAACAGAGACAUUUCAAUCAGGUAUCAACGCCCAUGUCGGCGACUGGCUUCGGCCACGAUGGAGGACCACAGCACCAGCCGCAGCAGCACAACAUGUUCGAUGUGCCUCAAGAGAGUCCAGGGUUGGGACCGGCGCAGGAGGACUAUUGGACUCAAAUGAACAAGACCAGCGGUCCAACGAGGAGUGGGUUCACGCCUGGCCCGGCAGUGAACUUGGACGAGUUAUUUGGAGGCGGUGAUGGCUGGAAUGGGAUGUGGGAGUCGCAAGGCUUCUCCAGACAAUGA